AUGGCAAGUGCAGCUCGAUUCCGAGACGAAGAAGAUUCGCCCAGAGAACCUCAUCUUGCUGGAGGACGGCCACGUCUCGAGCCCAGCCGCCGCUGCCAAGCUUUUGAAGGACUUGCUCCAGACGGGCGGCGCCGAUGCCAUGCUGGCUGCCUUGCGCCAACGGCGGCAGGAGGUGGACUGGGCGUUUCUGGAGACCGUGUCAGCCAAUCUCUCGGAGGCAAAAGCCAGAGGUUACGCUGUGAUGAAAGAGCAAGUCCUCUCGCGGUUGCUCUCUGCGGUGAAGGAGGUUCUGGCGAUGCGAGAGCCAACGCCCCGAACGGUGGUUCUUCCUCCGCCAGCGCUCGACGCGAGACCGCCUGGGGCGGAGCUGCGGCAGAGGGCUUCCUCCAAGUCGUCUCCGCACUGCUGGACUGGCAAGGCUACGCCGUGUGUGACAACUUCGCGUCGGGCGCGGACGUGCGCUUACUGGCAGAAGAGCUGGCAUCCUACGACCGGGACUUCGAGACCGCUAAGAUCUGGGUGGGGAAGCAGGCCACGGGCGCGCAGCUCACGGUGCCCACGGUGCGCUCAGAUCGGAUCUUUUGGGUGUGCGGCGAGCACAGGACGCAUCAGCGCGAGAUGCUCUGGGACUCAGCAGGUAAGCAGCCUUCAUCGGGGCUUGCGCCCUGUCGCCCGGAGGUUGUUAUGGACAAGUCAACGCAUGGGUUUCCUCGCUUGACGACUACGAUGAACUGCGUGGAUGACUUCAUCUUGAAGGGCUUGUCUUCGCGUGUCUCUCGCUUGGCUGGCUUGGCGGAGCGCUCCGAUGCCAUGGUCAGCAUCUACGAGAAUGGAUCUCGCUUCCAGAAGCACGUGGACAAUCCCAAUCAAGACGGUCGAGUAUUGACAUCCAUCGUGUACCUCAACACCGGUGAUCCCUGGAAGGCAGAGGACGACGGUGGACAGUUGCGGAUGUUUCUCGAUGGCGAGCCUCCGAUAGACCUGAUGCCCGACACCGGGCGCAUGGUGCUAUUCUGGGCCGAUCGCAUUCCCCACGAGGUUCUGCCUUCCAAGCGCCGGCGAAUGGCUCUGACUUACUGGAUGUGGUUCGACCGCCAGGAGCGCGAAGCCAAAGUUCGGCAGCUCGGGGACGCCGAGACGCAGCUGCAGACCAAAGAGGAGAGACUCGCACAGGAGUUCAUCGCCUUUAUGCUGAGCGAGACCUCAAAGUGUGAGGACAUCGCCCAGCGCGCCCAGGCCUUGCCAAAGAAGUCCUUGGACGUCGUGGCGACUGUGGUUGGUGCUUCCAAUGCCAAAGACGAAGCCUUGGAGGGCAUCCAGCGCCUGUCGCAGGAGGACUUGGAGCGGCUCCGCAACUCUAUGGGCAAGAUGGGCCUAUGA